AUGGAUGCUCGAGAAGAGCGCAAUGAUGCGGCUCAAGUCUUACUGGCAAGAGCGCAUGAACUUCUGUCUGAGUUAUCGAUCUUUGCAUCCCACUUCCAAGACAUGGCGAACCUGUGCAAUGGUGAUGGUGCCCACAUUACUGCAGGUGCUCUAAACUAUUUAAAGCAACAACUCAAAAGCGAGAUUCAGGCACUCAGCAGCAUUAUUAGCAAACAGUCAGGAGAAGAUAGUGCAAUGUCCACCCAUCGUAUCUCGUCUACGAACCUUCCGUUCUUCGAAUCUCUAUGGGCUUUUGCCAAACGGUCUCACGAUAUAGUUGCUCUUCGCAAAUGGGUCAGCAAUGGACGUGUCGAUGGAAAUGAAAUACUGGCGCCAGGUACGCAUAUCGUCCACAUGCCCGGGGAUUCCAUUCCAUCCAAACACACGACCACGCUGGUAGAUAUCAUUUCCGAUGGAGGUCAAACCUGGAUCAAAAUUGCCGCGACAACAACGAAACGGCUACUAUGGGAUAUGACAAAACUCGGAUGGGCCAUAGGUGCAGACGAGAGCGAUGAAGAAUAUGCAGAAAUGACGGACGAGGAACUCGAUGACAUUCCACUUUUCAAAACCGCCAAAAGUCUGGCAGUCUCGGCAGAGGCUUAUACAAUACGAGGCAAUUCUCCUGCGAUAAAGUUGGUCUUGCCACGAAUUGCAAGUGGAGAGUCCAAAGAUGUCGAUUUUGUGCUCCAGCGGAUCCGCAAAUCAGGAGUUGAGAUUCUGUGCAGCAACGAACUACCAUCAUCACCGCCGUCUCCACUCACGGAGGAAAUCUUGCACCAAAUGGCGCCGAAUCCAUUAUCUGGGUUCUCUGGCACAUUAAAUGUAGAUACCUCCAUCCUGAUUGGCCUAAUUUCCGAUUUCUCACACCAUUCUGUCGAGAAACAAGAGUGGUUUACGGCCAUGCAAAGGGGACAUCUCGCCAACGAAGAGAAGCGACGGAUUGCUUCGACAUGGAUUUACCCGGCCAUGGGUCGCCGAAAUUUAGUAUGCACGCCUGAAGCGGCAAACACCUGCACAGAAAUUGUACGGACAAUCGGCACUCCAUCGGAGAUCGCCCGCCUGGAAGUAGUUCUCUGUCAAAACUCCAAUCUCACGCGGGACCAAUUGCACAAAAGAUUCAGUGCUCUAUCAGAUCAUGAUGUCCCCCGAGGUCUGUGCCUUCCUGUAAAAGUGGCACAGACCUCUGGAAACCCACCUGAGCUCCCCCAAGAAGUGUGGCAUGCUCUCCGCGAUGUUACAGAGCCGACAAAAUCCGUCUUUGCUUUUGGAUGGGGAUUGAAGUAUACUACACUUACAUCAAAUGGUAUAGGAAUAGCCAAUCUCACGAAAAAUCUCGAGUCCGUUAAAUAUGUCGGUGAAUGGCCCUCGGUGUGGCUUUGUCCGUACAGCAGAUCGUUGGUCGGUGUGCCAAAGCAUCUUCGUGAAGAAUGA